UGGAGUUCACCGAUGUGCGCGCACGUGGCUGCCGGCUGGGGGGAUCUAGAUGGUGGUCCGGCCCCCUGAAUCUCGUUCUUCUCCCAGACUCCGACGGCAGCGAGUUCCAAGACGACCCUGUACUGCAGGUGCUAAGGGUUCAAAGGGCGGAGCUUCGGCAACAGAAAAGGCUCGCAGCACUGACAGCCUGGAUGGCCCUGGGGAGGGCUCAGUGCAGCCCCUGCCCCCCACUGGGGGGCCCAGUGUGAAGGGGAAGCCUGGGAAGAGGCUCUCGGCUCCUCGAGGUCCCUUCCCUCGGCUGGCUGACUGUGCCCAUUUCCACUAUGAGAACGUUGACUUUGGCCACAUUCAGCUCCUGCUGUCUCCAGAGCGUGAGGGCCCCAGCUUCUCUGGAGAGAAUGAGCUGGUGUUUGGGGUACAGGUAACCUGUCAGGGCCGUUCCUGGCCAGUUCUCCGCAGUUAUGAUGACUUCCGCUCCCUGGAUGCCCACCUCCACCGAUGCAUAUUUGACCGGAGGUUUUCCUGCCUCCCGGAGCUCCCCCCACCCCCGGAGGGGGCUAGGGCUGCCCAGAUGCUGGUGCCGCUACUGCUGCAGUACCUGGAGACGCUGUCAGGACUGGUGGACAGUAACCUCAACUGUGGGCCCGUGCUCACCUGGAUGGAGCUGGACAACCACGGCAGGCGGCUGCUCCUCAGUGAGGAAGCCUCGCUCAACAUCCCUGCCGUGGCCGCCGCCCAUGUGGUAAAGCGGUACACAGCCCAGGCACCGGACGAGCUGUCCUUCGAGGUGGGAGACAUUGUCUCCGUGAUCGACAUGCCACCCACGGAGGAUCGGAGCUGGUGGCGCGGCAAGCGAGGCUUCCAGGUCGGUUUCUUCCCCAGCGAGUGUGUGGAGCUGUUCACUGAGCGGCCGGGUCCAGGUCUAAAGGGGGAUGCCGACGGUCCCCCGAGUGGUGUCCCGACUCCCCAGGGCAUCUCCUCUCUGACCUCAGCUGUGCCCCGGCCGCGUGGGAAGCUGGCCGGCCUCCUCCGCACCUUCAUGCGCUCCCGCCCUUCUCGGCAGCGGCUGCGGCAGCGGGGCAUCCUUCGGCAGAGGGUGUUUGGCUGUGACCUUGGAGAGCAUCUCAGCAACUCAGGCCAGGAUGUGCCCCAGGUGCUCCGCUGCUGCUCUGAGUUUAUCGAGGCCCACGGGGUGGUGGAUGGAAUCUACCGGCUCUCGGGUGUGUCAUCCAACAUCCAGAGGCUACGGCAUGAGUUUGACAGUGAGAGGAUCCCUGAGCUGUCCGGCCCCGCCUUCCUGCAGGACAUCCACAGCGUGUCCUCCCUCUGCAAGCUCUACUUCCGAGAACUGCCAAACCCGCUGCUCACCUACCAGCUCUACGGCAAGUUCAGCGAAGCCAUGUCCGUGCCUGGGGAGGAGGAACGCCUGGUGCGGGUCCACGAUGUCAUCCAGCAGCUGCCCCCACCGCACUACAGGACCCUGGAGUACCUGCUGAGGCACUUGGCUCGCAUGGCGAGACACAGUGCCAACACCAGCAUGCAUGCCCGCAACCUGGCCAUCGUUUGGGCACCCAACCUGCUACGGUCCAUGGAGCUGGAGUCAGUGGGGCUGGGGGGGGCAGCAGCCUUCCGGGAGGUGCGGGUGCAGUCAGUGGUGGUGGAGUUCCUGCUCACCCACGUGGACGUCCUGUUCAGUGACACCUUCACUUCUGCUGGCCUUGACCCUGCAGGCCGCUGCCUCCUCCCCCGGCCCAAGUCCCUUGCGGGCAGCGGCCCCUCCACUCGCCUGCUGACGCUGGAGGAAGCCCAGGCUCGCACCCAGGGCCGGCUGGGUACACCGACCGAACCCUCAACUUCCAAGGCCCCAGCCUCACCUGUGGAAAGAAGGAAAGGAGAGAGAGGCGAGAAACAGCGGAAGCCUGGGGGUAGCAGCUGGAAGACCUUCUUUGCAUUGGGCCGGGGCCCCAGCAUCCCCCGAAAGAAGCCUCUGCCCUGGCUAGGGGGCACCCGUGCCCGACCGCAGCCUUCAGGCAGCCGACCUGACACGGUCACAUUGAGAUCUGCCAAGAGUGAGGAGUCGCUGUCAUCACAGGCCAGCGGGGCUGGCCUCCAGAGGCUGCACAGGCUACGGCGACCCCACUCCAGCAGCGAUGCUUUCCCCGUGGGCCCGGCACCUGCUGGCUCCUGUGAGAGCCUAUCCUCCUCCGAGUCCUCGUCCUCAUCCUCCUCCGAGUCCUCAUCAUCCGAGUCCUCAGCAGCUGGCCUGGGGGCGCUCUCCGGCUCCCCCUCACACCGAACCUCAGCCUGGCUAGAUGAUGGUGACGAGCUGGACUUCAGCCCACCCCGCUGCCUGGAGGGGCUCCGGGGGCUUGACUUUGACCCCCUUACCUUUCGAUGCAGCAGCCCUACCCCAGGGGACCCUGCACCUCCUGCCAGCCCGGCCCCCCCGGCCCCCGCCUCUGCCUUCCCACCCAGGGUGACCCCCCAGGCCCUCUCGCCCCGUGGGCCCACUAGCCCUGCCUCACCCGCUGCCCUGGACAUCUCAGAGCCCCUGGCGGUGUCAGUGCCACCGGCCGUCCUGGAGCUGCUGGGGGCUGGGGGAACACCUGCCUCGGCCACCACAACGCCAGCCCUUAGCCCUGGCCCUGGCCUGCGCCCCCACCUCAUCCCCCUGCUGCUGCGUGGAGCUGAGGCCCAGCUGAGCGACACCUGCCAACAGGAGAUCUGCAGUAAGCUGGCGCUGCCUGCUCCCCGGGGAGCCCAAGGCCAGCAUGGUCCUGGUGUGGACUCACCGCUGCUGCCCCCACCCCUGUCCCUCCUGCGCCCUGGGGGGGCCCCACCUCCACCCCCCAAGAACCCAGCACGCCUCAUGGCCCUGGCCCUGGCUGAGCGGGCUCAGCAGGUGGCCCAGAGACAGAGCCAACAGGAGCAGGGGAGCACACCAUCUGCUCCCCACUCCCCUUUCCGCCGCUCACUGUCCCUGGAGGUGGGUGGUGAGCCCUCGGGGAGUGGACCACUCCCCCACCCCAGAGCCCACCCAGGGGCCUGGGUUCCAGGACCCCCACCCUCCCUACCGAGGCAACAAAGUGAUGGGAGCCUGGUGAGGAGCCAGCGGCCCAUAGGGACCUCAAGGAGGGGACCCAGAGGCCCUGCCCAGGUUCCUACCCCUGGCUUCUUCUCCUCAGCCCCCCGGGAGUGCCUGCCACCCUUCCUCGGGGUCCCCAAACCAGGCUUGUAUCCCCUCAGCUCCCCAUCCUUCCAGCCUAGCUCCCCGGCCCCCAUCUGGAGAAGCCCCCUGGGUCCCCCUGCACCACUUGACAGGGCAGAGAACCUGUACUAUGAAAUUGAGGCAGGUGAGGGGCCCCCCUACUCUGGCCCCAGCCGGUCCUGGAGUCCCUUGCGCUCCAUGCCCCCAGAUAGGCUCAAUGCCUCGUAUGGCAUGCUUGGCCAAUCACCACCGCUCCACAGGUCCCCCGACUUCCUGCUCAGCUACCCACCACCCCCGUCCUGCUUUCCCCACGACCACCUGAGCUACUCAGCCCCCCGGCAUCCUGCCCGGCGCCCCACCCGACCGGAGCCCCUCUAUGUCAACCUAGCUCUAGGGCCCAGGGGUCCCUCACCCGCCUCUUCCAGCUCUUCCUCCCCUCCUGCCCACCCCCGAAGCCGCUCAGAUCCUGGUCCCCCAGCCCCCCGUCUCCCCCAGAAACAGCGGGCCCCCUGGGGCCACCACACCCCUCACAGGGUGCCUGGGCCCUGGGGUCCUCCGGAGCCUCUUCUGCUCUACAGGGCAGCCCCACCGGCCUACGGGAGCGGGGGUGAGCACCACCGGGGGUCCCUGUACAGGAAUGGGGGGCAAGGGAGGGAGGGGGCUGGUCCCCCACCCCCCUACCCCACUCCCACCUGGUCUCUCCACUCUGAGGGCCAGACCCGAAGCUACUGCUGAGCCAGAGCUGGAAGAGACCCUCCUUUCUCUUCCUCCCCUCACUGAUCUUGGCCCAACCCAGUCCCUCGUUUUGUAUUUUCUUGAGCUCCUGACCCCUACCCCAGGUUUCUAACUUUGUAACUUGCCUCUGAUGUGGGUCCUUAAACUGAUAUCAUAGCUCCCCUACUCUGGGCUGAGGGGCACGCCCAUUCCCCCACUAUCAUCCAUUCUGGGGGCUCUCGCACAAAUCUGAGGGCUAGGCUAACUCCCUGUCCUCCUUCUCCCUCCAGGAGCCCCCAGCAUGUCCUGACCUUGUGCACAGGGGUGGGGGGACAGCUCCUGCCCAUCUUCCCCCACCCUACCCCCGCCACAUACCCCACUAAACCAUCUGAUGAAAUUAAUGAAUAAAAAUGAUGAAAAUGUA